AUGGCGCAAUUCGCCAUGAGCAGGCUCUUCCGCCAGAGCACCACCAGCUCGGUGCGCCAGUCUGUUCUGAGACCGAUGCAGGCCCGCAGCUAUGGUUCAAACGCAGGCGACCGGAACAGCGAUCCCAACCUUCACCUCAACAUCCUCCCCGAGUUAGACGAAGCUCUGGAGCGGUUCCGUAAUGAGCUGUUCAUACCCCUUGCUCUCCCCAAGCGACAGAGAAAGAGUGUGUUCAGGGAGAAAUACGCCACACAAUUGCAAAAUGAGCCGAUUACCGUGAAGAUCAGCGAGACCGAAGAGUUCACCCUAACGCCCAAGACGCGCCACGAUCUGCCAUCGAAGAAAGAUGCUCUCGAGGUUCUCAAGAUGAUGGUCGCGGCCAAGAACUUCAGCAACCUUUUCCCGUACCUCAGUGCUCUCCGAAUGUCAAACUACGCCAUCAACAGCGACCGCGACGCUGGAAAGCUUUCAACCAUUAUUGAGUGCGCCAGACAGUCCCAGCGCACCGGCUUGAGCCUCGGCAAUAAGAACGUCGCUCGCCGUCUGUUCUUCGAGCUUCACAGGACAGCCGCGAAAGCGGAUUUCAAGGGAAUCCCAACCGUCAAGGCCCUGAGAUUGGCCAGGGAGGCAGCUAGCCUGAUGGAUGCCCCCGAGCACUCCGUCCAGGACAUCCAGGAUGACCCCAAACACCAGCCUUUCGUUAUCGGCACGCUUUUGGAACUCAGUGCCGCCUGUGCGCAAAUCCAGGAGGCCGACAUUGCCUUGGUCCGUGGCUACGCUCAGAAGCUUGAUGCGGCCUGGUCCCGAGGAAAUUUCAAGAAUGAUGCGGCCACUGGCUUUGAAACCAUUGAGAGACUCGAAGAGAACCUCGCCAUUUACAACGGCAUGCGUUUGGCCCUUGGGUUGCCCAAGGCAGCACAAGACACUGGGAAUUUCAAGGCUCGCUGCAAUGGGCUUAGGGGUGUCUUGAUUUCGCAGUUGCAGAAAGUCAAGAACGCCAACGUGCUUGGAGAUGAGGUGGCCAAGAAAUUGCUCAGUCCAAAACCCGAACAAAAAGUUGAAGAAAACGCUUGA